AUGGUUACAUACUUAUUCUCUAUGCUGUUGAAAAAUCAACCACUGAAACAAAUCGAUUUAGCGUCGGAGGAAUGGAAAAAGAGUAUGAACCUAAUUCGAAAUCACUUACAAUUGGAAUCUGCACCAAACACAACCACGGAGGAUAUUUUGAGUGAAUUACGAAAGGACAAAUUGAAAAAGUUCAUUAUUUUUUAUAGCCCUGCAGAUACGAUUCAAUUUGCAUCUAAUGAUGCAGAAUCUGAAGUUUUUAGAACUUUUUUCAAAUUUGCCGAAAGAAAACAUUUAGAAAUUUACAACUCUCUGAAGUUCUGCAUUCGAAACUUCUCAAACGAUGUGAUAAAGAAAUAUUGUAGAUCCAACACUUACGACAGAAACGCAGAUGAGAGAUGUGUCUUGUUACCACGGAACCUCACAGAAGAAAUGAUUUGCAAGUUGAUGGACGAUAUAUUUAACAGUCCCACCAUCAAUGAUCCCAAUAUACAUGGUUUUGUUUCCAGGAAGUUAAAUAUUCCUGGAGAAAUAUUGGAAGGGGGAGAACAAAAAAUCCGUCGCUACAUUGAUUAUCUAAAGAAAGGAAAGGAAAGAAUUUUCCAUGCAAGAGGAAUGAUUGUUGGCUGUGCUGGUGCUGGAAAGACUACAUUAUUAAAUCGAUUGCAAAAUAAGGGGCUCAAAAAGGUUAAAAAAGAAACCAAAACAACAAUAGGGGUGGACGUUCACAGAGAUGUAUUUGUCUUAGAGGAUAACGAAUUGACAGUUAACAGGCAAAAAGUUGACACAUACUUUCAUUUAUGCCCUGAGGACAACAAAGCAUACAUGCAUCAGACCUCCGUUGAUGAAACUCAGUCAGAGGAAUCAAGUAAUGAUGAAAGUGAAACAAGUGAUGAGAAUCUAAUUAAAAUAUCUGAAGAAACAAAAACAACUGAAAAUCAUCCACUAUCCUCAGAAGAGAAAGGAAAGGACAAUAACUCUUCCCCAGACUUAACAAGAAUUAGUCUUGUAAAUAAUCAAUCACCCACUGCAGCAACCCGAACAAUAUCCUUUACAGAAAAUAUGGAAACUGUCCUUAGUGAAUCAAAGAACUCGAAGGAGAUGGAUGCAAACGAAAGCACUUUCAUUGCAAAAAUGCUGCAUUCUGCUUCCUUUCAUUCCAAAAAGCUUGUUACUUUCCUAGAUUUUGCGGGACAGUGUGUUUAUUAUGCCUGUCAUCAGAUUUACCUUAGUCCAAGGGCAUUCUAUCUUCUUGUCGUAGAUAUGUCCAAAGAUCUUCAAGAGCCUGUAGAUGAAAGUGUGAAUGAUCAAGAGGGUACAAUGUUUGAAAAUUGGACUUAUGAAGAUUAUUUUGUGUUUUGGAUGAAGUCUUUGCAUACAUACAGCAACCCCAAACAACCAGUUCCAGUAAUUCUUGUUGCCACACACGCGGAGAAUAAAAGUCAACAGGAAAGAGAAGACUUCUUUAAAAGUGUUUGGAAACUCGAUGAGAAAGGAAUAAAGAUGAAAGAGCAUUUGGAUCCAAAUAGACAAUUUACAGUAGGGUUUCCAACCAGAUUUUCCACUGAUUAUAGAGCAGAAACAGAUGAAAUAAAACAAUGUAUCAGCCAGCUUGUUCAAAAGCAAAAUCAUUGGGGUGAAUUAGUGCCAUCAUCUUGGGUUCUGUUUGAAUAUGAGUUGAAAAACAAAUUCUCGAAGUCUAAGAUAAUAGAAACAAAAUUAUUGAAACAGAUCAACGACGGAUUGCCUGAAGAAAUGAAAAUGUGUGAACAAGAAUUUCAAGAUAUGCUAAGAUUUUUCCAUGAAAUCGGAAUCAUUUUAUAUUUCAAUGCUGCGGGCCUUCGUGACUAUGUAAUACUUGAUACUCAAUGGUUCGUGAACGCAUUCAAACACAUCAUAAUGGAUAAAAAGCAAACAGGAACAGAGUAUACAUAUGUUAGAGAAUGGGAAAUCUUCUACGAAACUGGUGAAAUGGGUGAUGAUCUGUUAGAGGAAAUUUGGAGGCAUAAAGCCGAGGACUGUUUAGAAUACAAAAACACAAUACUUUUAUAUAUGGAGAGGCUCGGGUUGAUAGCUAAAAUAUCAUCAGGAGAUUGCAAAUCAAAGUUUUGGUACUUUAUUCCAUGUGCAAACAGAAAGGUCUUCAAUCCGGAAGUUAUAAAGGAUUAUAGGUGUACUCCAACACUUUGUUUCAAAUUUGACUUUCUAUCUAACUUUUACUUUCAUCGCUUAAUUGCUGCUUGCCUUGGAUCAAAAGGAUGGAAAAUAUUAUGCGACGAAGAAGGAAAACAAGGAAAAUGCAUUUACAGAAACGUUUGUCUUUUUGCAUACGAAAAUCAAAGAGUCCUAAUAGGAGUACACAACAACAUAAUACAAGUUCAAAUUCUUUUCAAGGAAGGUGAUCAUAACAAUUUGGAUUUUGAUAUUACAACAUACAUCAGGCACCAUAUAGAACAAAAUCUGCAGAGGCUUGCCACAACAUUUACGUACAGUGCAUCCUAUACGGUUGGAUACAAAUGUAAAACAGACUCAUUUGGAAGUGUAGACACUUCGUUUAUAGAAGAAACAGACAUUCUCGGAGCAGAGGAUAUGUCCUGCUAUCUUUGUCCAGUGCAAAGAUCUCACCAAAUCCCAGUCACUGAUAUUUUCAAAAUUUGGAAGAACAGAUUAAAAGUUUAUGGAUCUAAAGUAUUGCGGAAAAACUUCAGCCAAAUAUCCAGUCAUGUAUCUGCUUUAAGUAAAGAAGAAUUCCAGCAACUUGUAAAGGAAGUCUUUCAAGAAAAUGAAUACAAAACUGACAAAAAAGCCAGACUUAUAUUUCUUUCAGACGUUCUUAUCAGUGGAAAUGAAAGCUGUUCAAAAUUAGUUAUGUCCAUGAAACCAUAUGUUGGUAUCACGGUCAUAAGGAAAAUGUGCGAUAGGUGUCUUUCUCAAGAAGGUAUAUACGUAAGAUUUGUGACCAUUCUGCUCGAGAAUCCCAUUAGAAGUUUUUAA